AUGUCGUCUCCGUCCUCUCCAAUAUCUACUUUCGAUCCCGCCCAAAUCUCCACCAUAGCCCCAAGAGAUCGCUCAGGAGGGCGAGAUGUUCACAUCUACAGCAUUAAAGACCCUGCUACAGUACUUUGUGGUCUAAUUCUCACAAAUGGCGUCACGAAUGCCAACUUUUACUCCAUGAUGGAGAUUCUUCUACUGCUUUCGAAUGACUUUGAAUUACGCGAUGAAGACGAUACCAAGGUUGAGAGGAAUGAUAACUCGCUUCAACCUGGGAAAUACUAUAUUAUUUCCGACGCGCCGUUCCAGAUCAAUAACGAGAAGCCGGCCGUCCGAACAAUAUCGCAUGCUACUGGAACUCGUGUCAAGCCCUUUACUGAGGCAGUCCGGGCUCGAGACCGUCGAUGCGUCAUAUCUGGAGAGGUAGCGAUUGGGGCGCAGUUUGACAAUUGGAACGGCUUUGAAGCUGCUCACAUCUUUCCACUAGCCUACGAAGGCUAUUGGAAUGAGAACAACUACGAUCGCUGGAUAACAAUUCGUCCAGAAAAAGGCGGAACAAUCAACUCGGUACAGAAUGGACUACUCCUUCGAAGCGAUAUACAUCAGCUGUUUGAUAGCUACGAUUUUUCAAUUAAUCCUGACGAUGACUACAAGAUUGUGUUCUUCACCUUUGACGGGAAAGGUCUUGCUGGCAAGCGACUCGACCAAGUGUUCCUAAAUAACCCUCAGCGACCUGUCGAUCAGCUUCUGCGAUGGCAUUUCAGGCAGGCAGUCCUAAUAAACAUGAAGGGUGCUGGCGAGCCUAGGUUCGAGCAUGACUUCCCGCCCGGCUCGGAUAUAGUUGGUGACAUUCUCAGAGGUCCAAGGGCAUCCGAAAGGAUGGAGUUCGAGCUCUUCAGUCACGUUGCUGCUCACAUGGAUAUCCUUGAUAUUUCUUCUACUUAG